AUGGAAUCAAUGGAAUAUGAGCUCGCUAGAAAUCUCACUCUAUUGUUCUUCGUGGAGCGCCUGCUCGAUAAAGGCGAGCCGAGAACGUUGCACGAUCUUUCCUGUCAGUUUGGUGCCAAGGGAUUUACAAAGGAGAUGCGUCAGAUAGCAGGCGGGUCGCAAUCGGGCCUUAAAAAGUUCCUCACCCAAUAUCCAGCGUUGUUCAACAUAGACGGGGACUAUGUUGAUAUUAACACGUUUCAAAGGUGCCCCGCCGGCGCUGGCGCAUCAUCCAACAACGAUUACAUCGAAGAAGCCAAGGAGUACUUUGCGGGAAAAAUGGUGCAAUAUGGCGAAGGAACUGAGGUGCCGAUAAAGAGUCUCUUGGGCCACAGGAGCCAGGCCUCGCCUCAGGUACGACACAUCUCCGGGCAACGCAUCAAGGAAUUCAAAGAGUUUCUCUUGAAGCACCCUGAUACAUUUCAAAUAAUCGACGAUAAUGUUGUUCUAGUCAGUGAUAAUCAUAGAAGAAAGCACAUAAUAAUAAUGAACAAUUCCACAAUUUGCCUGUUGCUAACAUAA